AUGAAGUAAGUUGAGGAUACGGGCUAAUAAUAUUUAUGUUUUUAUAAAGCUAGAAGAACACCUAGAAUUAAUUUGUAUCAAAUACCUGGGGUAUAUACUUUAAACUUCAUGAAGAAGUAAAACUAGUUUAUAUCUGGGAGUUAUUAAUCUAUCAUUAUAUUGUAAAAAAGAAAAUAAUGAAUGGAUUUCCUAAUAGAGAUUAAAUGGACAUAUCGGUUAUAUCUUUUGUUUAAUAUUAAAUAAUAAUGAAGAUAUUAUUAUAUCAGGUAGUGCUGAUAAGACUAUUAAAUUUUGGAUGAAUAAGAAUAAAUGGUUGUUGUGUUAAUAAACAAUUACUGAUCAUUCUAAUUAUAUAUAUGAAUUAAGUUUAAGUUAAUAAUAAAAUAGAGUUAUAUCUUGUGGUUAUGAUAAAUAGAUAUUAAUAAUAGAGCAAUCACAAUAGAAAAAGAAUGCAUUGUAAUAUAAAAGAUUACAGUUGAAUAAUAUGGAUAUAGAAUAUGUUUUAUUGAUAAUAAUAUGUUCACAUUCUAACCAGAUGAUAGAGAAUAGAUGUCUAUUUUUGAGAUGA